GUAAUUUUCACUACGUAAUUUUACUGUGAAUUGUUUGUAGGGCGUGCCAGAAUAAUAGUUAACUUUGAAAGUGUUAUAUUGUAGUGAAGAAUUGCUCUCUCAAAUAAGUGUAUGGCACCUUACCAGGUUCAGCUGUUUUGAGAGUUGCUGACGAAGACGAAGUGUGUUAGCGAGAGGCAGCGACUACAGUCGGUAUUCAUGACAUUAGAUUAACUUCGGACGGACAAAGUUAACUUACACCAUGGCUGAGACAAAGAUCACGAAAAGAGCGUUGUUAACCGGAAUUACAGGACAGGAUGGGUCAUACCUAGCAGAAUUACUCUUGAGCAAAGGUUAUCAAGUGCACGGAAUAAUAAGGAGAUCUUCUUCUUUCAACACUGGCAGGAUCCGGCAUCUGUAUGAGGAUUCGAAGGUUCACAGUUGUGGCCGCAUGCAGUUGCACUAUGGUGACUUGACAGACUCAACUUGUCUAGUGAAGAUCAUUUCUCAGGUACAGCCUGAUGAAAUCUACAAUUUGGGAGCGCAGAGCCAUGUGAAGGUUUCAUUUGACUUGGCAGAAUACACUGGUAAUGUUGACGCCAUGGGAACUCUUCGUUUGUUGGAUGCCAUUAGAACAUGUGGAUUAGAUAAAAAAGUGAAGUUCUAUCAGGCAUCCACAUCAGAGCUCUAUGGGAAAGUACAGGAGAUUCCUCAGAAGGAAACUACCCCUUUUUAUCCUAGGUCUCCAUAUGGUGCAGCAAAACUUUAUGCAUAUUGGAUUGUUGUCAACUAUAGAGAAGCAUAUGGAAUGUUUGCAUGCAAUGGUAUCUUGUUUAAUCAUGAGUCUCCAAGACGAGGUGAGACCUUCGUCACAAGAAAAAUUACACGAUCAGUUGCAAAAAUUCAUCUUGGUUACUUAGAAUAUUUUGAACUUGGAAACCUCGACUCCCAAAGAGAUUGGGGUCACGCAAAGGAUUAUGUGGAGGGUAUGUGGCUAAUGCUCCAGCAAGAUGAACCCGAAGACUAUGUGUUAGCUACUGGAGAAGUGCAUUCUGUUAGGGAGUUUGUUGAAUCAUCAUUCAAAGAGAUUGGAAGAGAGAUAUACUGGGAAGGAUCAGGUGUCGACGAAGUUGGGAAGGAAAAAGGAUCUGACAUUGUCCGUGUCAAAGUUAAUCCUAAGUAUUAUCGACCUGCUGAAGUAGACUUCCUUCAGGGAGAUCCAACAAAAGCCAAGACUAAAUUUGGUUGGAAGCACUCAUUUGAUUUUAAGGCUCUUGUGAAAGAUAUGAUACAAGCAGAUAUUGAGCUGAUGAAAAGGGAUCCAACUGCUUAACCUCCCCAACAUCGUUUUGGAACCAUCAGUGAGAGUUCUUUGUGGCUUUGGACACAGAUGCUUCUUUCUUUCAUGUUGUUUGAAUGGGAGCAUCCUAUGUGACAGUCUUAAGAAAGUGUGAUAAUUAUUGUAUACAGUAUUUUGUGCAUUGUUUUGACUUAAGAUGAGUAUAUUUCUAAGUCAAUGAUUCUUUAUUAUUAGUGCAUGUGGCAAGCAUUUUCAAUAUGCAGUCUACUGUAGUCAUUGAUUAGAAAUUCAUUCCUAAUCGGUGACAGCCAUGUUUUACACAUUAAUUUUUAUUGAUAAUUUCACAAUUAUUUUAUGUAGUAUCUUAAACAGAUUUAUUUGACAGAAAUUUACAAUUUUUAGCUUUCAUCAAAUGUAAAUGAUAGUUUAUCAAACUUUAUCAAACGAUAAAGUAAUAUCAAACAGUAAAGUUUAUAAUGAGUAACCUAUAGAUUAAAUACUGAAUAAUUUUAAAGUUAUGAAAUUAGAAUUGGCUAUCACUGCUUAUGUAUCACUCAGUUCAUUGAUUAAUAUCAUAGAUAGGGUUCAUAAAUGAAUUUAGUCUGAUUUUUGCAUAUUUUUACCAACUUAAUAGAGGGGCUGCUGAGAGCAGUCAGCUUUGCUCAGCUAGUCAGGAAAACAUGAUGGAAAUGUCCAAGUAAAAUGUCAUUACACUGUGUGGUUGAUAUGAAUCAAAGUAAAUUUUCUAAUUGGAUGUUUGUAGUAGAUUGCUGUAUAUUUAUUAUUUUGUUGUAUGUGAUUGGGAGUAUUUGAAUUCUUAAUUAUCUGUAUUAUUUAUAAAGUGUUUAUUACAUUUCUUCAUUGUUCUACUGAGUUCAUAAUGAACAAGAUGCAGAAGUUCAGUAGUACUAAUUCAUUGGAUUUGUUCUUUACAUGUUGAAUUAAUUGGUGGAUUUUAUAUCUCUCCCAUUUGAUCCUGUUCUUGAAUAUAGAGUGCAACAUGAUAUUAAUAACAAAACAUGUUUGAUGAGUUUUGUAAUAUUUGCCAGCUAAAAAGGAAAUCUUAGAAAUUAAGAGUUCAUUGAAAUCCUCUACAUUGUCAUUUUUUGUCACUGAGAAUUUAAAAGUUGUUAUUCAAUUGUUUUUUACACUAACAUGAUUUUAUUUUUAUUCAGUUGUCUAAUGAAACGGAAUAACAUUGUUUUAGAAAACAUCUUAAGUAUUAAUUUAAUAUGGAGUAGGGGAUUUUCUCCUGUCCUAAAAAAGGAGCACCUAUAAGUAAUCAUAUGUCAGUUAAAGUUUAUGGAUGUGAAAUCAAAACUUAUUUUUCAAGUGAUGAGUGUUUCUGAUGUGCUUUGGGAAGAUUUUAUUAUAUACCAGAAUUUAGUCUUUAAUGAGUGCUUAUGCUAAAGCUCAAGUUACAAAAGGAUUGUAUACAAAAAACUAUUUAAGACAAGCUUGUAUUUAAGUGCAUUUUUUCUUUUAUCAGUUCACAAAUUCCAUUUUGAAAGUUUGUCAGUAACUAAUAUUAUAGCCAUCCUUAUGAUCUUUUAUCCAUUACUUAUCCAUCUUUUGCAAUUUUUUUAUUUUUCCGGAUUAGAUUAGGACCCUUUCUGUAAGGUGGAAAAACUGUAGUUUUAUCCAUUUAUUACUAAGUUGUGAAAACUUAUUGUGUUAUGGUUGUGGUAUAAGUGACGAUAUUUAAUUUUAAAAUGCAAAGGAAGGGAAAUAUCCUGGAAACCAGAUUUAGUUCUCUUUAUGUUUGUUGUCAGGUUAUUGUGUAUAAUUUUCAAGUUAUCUUAAAUCACGGUUAUGACAUAUUUCAUCAUUUGUUGAAGUUAUGAAGAUAUGUAAUCAUUCAACUAUUUAAAAUCUCAAUUCAUGGUGCUGUUAGACGUUUGUAUGCUUCUCAACCAUGCAUGCAGUAAAUACUUUUAAGAUAUAAAAAAAAAUGGAAGCCAUUAUAAGGUAAAUAUGGUGAUAUACAAGAAGAGAAGUAUGAUUGGGUGAAUUUUGGAAAGUUAGAAAACUUUUCUAUCUUGUGGCUUUGGAUUAUUGUAUGGUAUUAGUCGUAAAUUUUACUAAGACAUGUUUCAAGUGAAAGGUCAUGAGUUUAUGAAAUUGCUGGAAGUAAAUGAUUUCAUGUUUAUUUUGUAAGAUACUUUUCAGAGGAUGAGCUCUGCAAUUUAUAAGGCAGGACUCCACCAGUUGCCAUCAGGAUUUACUUUAUGUGCCUUGCGUCUUCCAGCUCAUCAGAGAUUAAUGAAUUGUAUUCCUUGAACUUUUAUUAAGUUUUACACAAAGGAAGGAAUAGAAACAAAGGCAUUGCAGUACUUCUUUUAUUUGUAAAACUAGCAGCUUUCAAAUUGUUCCAGAAUUAUUUCAUUUUGUUCCAUUCUAGGUGACCUCAUAAAGUGUGAACUAUUAUGUUAGUUUCUUGCUUCAGUAUUAACAAAAGCUAAACAAGCCUCUCCAAUGUGUAUUUCUUGAUUUUAAUACUAAAUUGGUUGUACAUGAAUACUUUAUAGUGAUUUCUUAAUUAAGAUUGUUGACAACAUUAUACUUAAUAGACAGGACCAUUGAAUAUCUGUUUUUUUUAAUAAGUUUGGGAACAUUCAAAUUUUAUUCCUGUUAGAAUUUUAUUUUUCUUAAAGCUUUAAUAAUUGAAGGAAAUGGAGUGAAUGCACGAGAUUGUGGUGUUUUUAACUCACAGAAUGCUCAUAUGUCAACAGUUGUAGCUGUGAGCUGCAAAUAUGUAAUCACGUUAUGUACAAGUGUAAUAAUCCUUGUCAUUUAAUGAUACCAUUCCAAAGAGGGCAUUAUUUUUAGUAAAUCAUGUUAUGUCUUGUUUAAAUAAAUAAUAGAAAAAUUA